GCCUUGGCCACCGCGUUGAGGGCCGCGCGCUCACUUCGCGCGCUGCAUUGUGGUCGAAGCCCCACCACGGCCGUCGCCACCACCGCAAUAAUAACAAACACACACAGACACAAAAUUAUCUCCUCACAGAUUACAACAAACAACGACGAACGUCUCCUCUCGCGAGUAUAUAAAACCACCGCGCGGCGAUUGACUUUGAUCCCUCGCGCGCCCACGAUGGACGUGAGCGCCAUGAAGCGCACCCAGGAGACCCUGGGCCGCGUGAUCCGCAAGCCGCCGCUCACGGAGAAACUCCUCGGCAAGCCUCCGUUUAGAUUCCUCCACGACGUCAUCACCGAGGUGAUCCGCACAACUGGGUUCAUGAAGGGACUUUACGGCGAGUCAGAUAUGAAAUCGGACAACGUGAAGGAGAGGGAGGCCAAGAUCACCUUCCUGCAGAAGGCCAUUGACGUGGUGGCGAUGGCGUCGGGGGAGGCCGUGCCGGUGCGUCCGUCCAAGAUCGUUGCCGGCCACGAGCCGGAGAGAACCAAUGAGUUCCUGCAAGCCCUCGCACAGUGCUGCCUCAGCAAGCUGCCCAGCGAGGACGCGGUGAGACGCGUGCUCGCCGGGGAGAAGCCCGACGCCAAGAGCGUCGCCGCGCCGGCAAAGACGCAGGGCAAGGAGAACCGCGACGAGCGGCCGUCGCGGCAGAGAGAGACCAAGAAGGAGGUGGAGUUUAAGGAGCCAUCGGGCAGCCGCGAACGCCAGGAGAAAGAGGCCUCCUCGCAAGACAGGCACCACCGCGACAGGGACAGGGACAAGAGUAAGGACGGAGACAAAGACAAGGGCAGGGAUCGCGACAGGGAGAGGGAAAAAGGGCGGCACGCGGCCAGAGACGGCGAAAGGGACCGCGAGAGGACGAAGGACGGCCACCGUGACAGAGACUCGGAGCGGAGGCGGGAGAAGGAGACCAACGCGGAGGGGUCCAAGGAGCGGGACGGGGACGGGGCGAGGGACCGGGAGAGGGGCGGGGAGCGGAGGGAGAGGGGCGGUGAGCGGAAGGACAGGGAAGAGCGAGGAGACCACCGGGUGGCCGCCGGAAGCAGCAAAGACAAGGACAGGCGGAGGGACAAGCAGCGUGACGAAGAGAAAAAAGAUGUCAAGUCUAGAGACAGGGAGCCGCCAACUGCAGCUACUUUGGAAGACGCACGAGGGCUGGAGCCUGCGUCUGAGCCUGCCGAGGCUGUGGAUUUUGAGACGGGGAGCCCGGCCCGGGUGGUGCGGCCGCCCACAGCCAAGGGCCACCGUAGACGGCACCGCGACGUCGUCACCAACGACGCCGCCGCCGCCGCCGCUGACGAAGAGGCCGAGGGCGCGCAGAAGGAGGAGGAGAAGGAGGAGGGAGCGCCGGUGAACGGCGAGGCCGCCGAUGCCGCUGCGCUACCGCUACAGAGGAGGCCCCCGCGCCCCAGCAGCGCCCGCCCAGCUGCACCGAGAAUCCGACGCCAGGAGAGCGCCGAGACCCAUCCGACCGAGAGGACGGGGAGCGCCAAGGCCGUGGCCAACGUCAUCGUGGAAGGAGGCAGGAACUCCGACGGCGACGACGGCGGCGACGACGACGAGCAGUUCGUGGUUGCCGAGUCGACGCCGGCUCCCUCAGACUCGCUCGACGCAGGGCCCUUGGAGGCUACGGAAGACAACGAUGGAGAGGAACACGGUGGCCUCGUGAAGAAGAUCCUGGAGACGAAGAAAGGCUACGGAACGACGCGGACACCGCCCAAGGUGGUGCUGGACGGCGCGCGUCAGAAGGGGCGCGAGGCGGCGGUGCGCGAGACGGAGCGCCUGCGCGGCGCCGUGCAGGCGCUGUGCCGCAGCACGCUGCCGCUCAGCAAGGUGAUGGACUACCUGCAGGAGGACCUGGACGCCAUGCACGCCGAGCUCGCCACGUGGACGCGCCAGAGGCGGCAGCACGCCGAGGCUCUCGCCGACCAGCACAGGCUGACGGAGAAGGCGCUGGAGCCCCUGAGGGCCGAGUUGACGACCCUCGAUCAGCAGAUCCAGGAGCAGCUGGAGCAGAUCGGCGCCGUCAAGGCGUCCGUCCACCGCAACGACGAGAAAAUCGACAAGAUGAUCGGCAGCAUCGGCGCCGGCGCCAGGGCUUAGGGGGGGACGGGGCGCCGGUCGGGCCGCAGGGCGCCGGUCGAGCCCCGGGGGUCGCUCACGGUCCUCCUGCCACCGGCGCCGGCAGAAGCGUGCGACGCAUGUGGGUACGUACGUACGUACGCUCAACUUUGUUUCGCAACGUACGUAGCCAACCGCGCUAAUCAGAGGUGCAGGGGGGGG